AUGCCGCAAUCAUCGUCGUUUAAGAAGAAAAAACAAAGCUCGUCUAACUCUGCGUCGCAACAACUCGCGGCUUUGAAUUUUAAAAAGAAACAAAUCGCGAAAAACCGACACGGGAAACGCAUCGAAACUCGAAAAGGCCAGUUUCUUAAGAAGACGAACAAGUUGACGGAUAACUUGAAAGCGUCCAUAAAAAUUACUCGAGAGGUGAACUUGAAGAACGAGUUAGAGUUUGCGAGAAGAGCGACGAGUUCAGGUGGGACUUUGCGCGUGAUUAAAGCACCCGAAGGGACGGAAAAAGGCGACGGAAUUAAAGGUCCGAGACCGAAGAAACAGAAACCGGUGGUGAAAAUUGGCAAAGGCGGGAAACGCAUGUAA